CGGCGCUGUACGCCAUGCUGCAGCCUGCAAGUUUGGAAUUCAACUUCUUUCAAAUCUAGAUUCUAGCAAUAAGUUUCUAGAUUUCUUGAGUUUUGACUUGAACAAUAAAACUGUUGUUUUAUAUUUUUUGUACAAAUUUUUAUAGAAACAUGUGUAUUUCACGAAAUUAUCAUCCCUAAAAGCUGGAUAGUCUUGUGAAACUGUAUCCUUAGCGCACAGCGAUGGAAUGACACAUCGUCAACAACAAAUGAUGGACUCGACAAAUACAAAUCAUGGGUUCGAAGUGGUCUGUCCUGGAUCAGUGGAGUCCUCGACAUCUUCCACGUCGUUCGACUUUGAUUAUCUGGCAUCCGUACAUAGCGCUGCUCCUGGCACCGAUACUGCAGGAAAUGUGGACCCGAAUGCAGAUGCAAAUCGUAGCGUUGAAAAUUGUAGUGUUGGAACCGUUAUGGUCACUACGCCAGCUGAAAAGAUCGGAAGGUCACAUCGGGAUUUAGAUGGUUUGACUGAUGCCCUCACGCGAUUCUACACCCCGCUUGGGCCUCGACGAAAGCGCGGCCGCGGAGAGUAUUUGGAUUUAUCGUUGGGACGUACGUGUUCUGGGCCUUCUGCGAAAUUUCCAGAUUUAAUGCCCAAACAUGCGGCCUUAGCAUCGACGGAUGGCCGCAGCAAGACGCCUGUAACGACCUUACCUGAUCCGGAAUUUCGAACUCCUCGUAACUUGGCUAUCAGCAGCGAAAAAGAUAUCGAAUCGAAAUUUGAUGAUCACGAUGGGUUAUUUGACUCGUCUUACAAACUACGGUCCAAUGAUCGAAAGCGGAAAUUUGUCGUGCCGGAUAGUAUCCCAAAAGACUUGGAGGAUAUCUUCGUUUCUGCUCGAAUCGAAGCAGCUUCGAGCUUACAAAUUGUGGAUGAAUCGUUCACGGGACAUCUGCCUCCUUGCGUACGAUUAGGUAGACAUGUUAUCCGAACCCUUUGUAAAUCGUUCUAUCCGGAGGAAUUCGCAAAGUGCGAAUGUCUAUAUAUUUGUGAAUUUUGUUUGACAUACAUGAAGACCCUGGAUUUGCUGAAAACGCACUAUGAACGCUGUGCUUGGCACUGUCCACCCGGAAAGGAAAUUUAUAAGGAUGCCGUGGAAAUCUCGCUGAAUCAUUGCCAGUCAACAUCAGUGCAUGAUUUAAUUGUUUAUGAGAUCGAUGGAGCGAAAUAUACCUAUUACUGCCAGAAUCUUUGCCGUUUGAGCACGUUGUAUUUGGACACCAAAGUGGUGGUAUAUGAUGUCGAAGGAUUUAUCUUUUAUGUCUUAUGCUAUCGCGAUGAACUAGGUGACCAUAUUGUGGGCUACUUUUCAAAGGACAAAUCGUUUGGGAAAAAAUGCAAUAAUCUCAGCUGCUUCUUGAUUUUGCCACCCUAUCAGAAGAAUGGAUUUGGUCGUUUCUUGGUUGGCUUCAGCUAUUUGCUGUCCAGAGUCCACAACAUGCCUGGCACUCCGGAACGACCGUUGUCGACUUCUGGCGAAAAGACGUACCGUGCGUACUGGCGGUCAGUACUCGUGGAAUAUUUGUGCGAGGUCCAAAGAAACAGCGACAUUGUUUCCCUUAAAAUGAUUUCCGAAGAGACAGGAAUGUGGGCACAGGAUAUUGCCGGCAUGCUGCAGGAACUGAAGUGCCUUCGCUACAAUGGGCGAUCGAGAAAAUGGGAACUGCGUUUGCACCCGGAAACUUACAUUGCUUUUGAAGAAGAAUCGGCAUCGCGAUCUUAUCAGUAUUUGCCAGUACGCUCAGAAAAACUGCAAACUACGCCAUUUCGUCAGUUUUUGAAUAUUCCACCGGAAAAUUUGUAAAGUUUUGGUUAGUUUUGAGUUUUUCAGUAGGCAGUGUACAGCAGUAUGUUGUGCAAUUUACUAUAUAUAUAUAUAACUGUUUUUAAAUUUGAUCUUACCAGUGUAAAACACUAACAGAAGAAUCUUCAGAGCCUUUCUAUUGCUGUACUCUGUAUUUGAUGAAGUGUACAGUUGUGGUCACGAUCUGUUGUUUAGCUGACUGUUCCAAAACACUAUCCGAUAUAAAAUUUUACGCAAGA